GAUAUGAUUAAAAGCAAUUUGCGUUCCAGCUAUAAUUUGGGAUAACUGGUCAUAGUUCCUCAUACUAAGCGCACAAUUAUGUGCACAGUAUGGGGAACUAUGUCUACUCUGAGCGACCCACCUUCCGCCGACAAUUUCUUCCACAGACGGAUAGUCUUCUGGUUUCCUUGUGAAGAAUUAUACCUCGCAGCCAUAAAGUAUAUAACUAAGGAUGCAUGUGUCCAGAAUUUUUAAGUUUGUUUCUAUUAUGAUAUUUUGGCGUUUCCAAAUUUUGGCCCUGAGAUUAGCAGACCCUUUGACUGAUCUCGUUUUUAGCUCUUCAACGUAGUCUAGAUUUUCAGUCAAUUUAUUCCUUAGGUAAGUAAAUUUUGCAUCCUUGCCAAUUCUUGUCCCGUUUAUUUAAUUCCCCCGUUUUAAUUUGAUCUUCGAGAUUGAAAAACGUAAUGUAUUCAGUUUAUGUUCAAUUAAAAGAAACUAUGCUUAAACUGUAUAAUGUUAGUAUGUAGUGUGUUUAAAUAUAAAAUUUCUAUUUGUCUUCACUAUUAUGGAGCCGGUCUAUUGCUUGACCAAGAUUCUCGUCCGUCAGAAGGGACAAAGUUAAUACCUAACAGUGGUGUUAGAUACAGAUUUCCGAAUUUCAAGCAGUGGUUUUCAAACUAUUGAUUUACACAGUCCCCCUGAAAAUCAGAUGCAUGCGCGUAUAUAGAUUUUCUCAAUAAAUUCAAAGUUAAAUCAUAGAGAAUCGAUAGAAAACUGUUCUUCUUCUCUCCAUUUUCUUCUGUUAAUUAAUAGAGAAAGAUUUUUAAAAAUUGAAGUCCGUGAGAUGCAGAAGUAGAGAUUAGCUGGAAAGAUGUUUUAGCAAUAAUGAAAUGUACUGCAAAGAAAAUGGAAGAGAAGAAAACAUUGCUGGACAAGACAAAAUACAAGAAAAUGGAAAAUGAAUAUUCUCUUCUAAGUCAUUAGUCAUCUGAUGACUUAGAAGAGAAUAUUUUCUGAGAGAUGUAAUUGAAGAAGUGUUGAAGUAUCCAAAUGAAAAAAGAAAACGGAGAAAAAGAUUUAUGAUAAUUGGCGACUAAAAACUGGAAUGACUCCUUUGUAAUCAAAGACAGACCGAGAUGCAAAAGGAAAAAUUAAAAGUUAUGCUUAAAAAAGGGAAUUUCUUUUUGUUGGCAGAAUCCAAGAUGAAGAAAGAAAAGGGGGAUAAUGUAGAAAUAUUGCAGCCUAAAGUGUGCUCUACCAAAAUGACUCGAGUCUCGAGAGAGUUUAUUUUGCUGGUUACUAUAUUAUUUCUCAAAUGGCAUUAUGUUUUUCCAUAUAUAUAUUUAGUCUUUAAAUAAUGACAGUGACCACACUUUGAUGAUGAUCGCCAUCUGAUUCCUGGAAACUUAUUUUUCGAUUCCACGCGACCACCGUAUGAUAAUAUCAAUACAACGUUAAAUUCUUAAUAUUUUAAUACUUGGAAUAUUAUUUGAAGUAUUAAUAUUACAAAAAAUCAGUGAAAAAGUUAAAAAUCGAAGGUGAAAGAGGUUAUUAUCCGCCCACCACCGAGAAUAGCCGAAGGUUGCCGAGAGUCGUCCAUCUUUUUAACUAACAAAGAUUAUUUAUCGUAAUUUACGCGCGCGUUGGCUUACGAGAACGAGCCGAAAGGCUUAAUUACACACAGAUGUGAGUCUUUUAAUUAUUUCUAGUGAAAAUAUCGGUGGUAAUGGAGUCGGGUGGCGUACCUUUAGUGGCAACGCCUGACCUUUCCGAAGAUUUACCGAACUCUGACGUAACUCCGUUUCCACCGGCUUCGGAAUCGGGCGUCAAUGGUAUCACUAACGUGGUAUUCGCCACCCCGCAAGGUAUACUCACUCCCGAACAGUUACACGACGCGGGCAUCAAGACCACGCACAUUGUCAUCCACGAUCAGUCCACGCUCGACGCCGUUCUGAAGGCUCAACCCAGCACGCCUUCGCCCACUCCUCUCGGCACCAAUGGCGACAAAAAAUUCAAAUACAAUUGGGACCCUUCCGUCCACGAUUCCGUCUUGCCUGUCAGGUGUAGGAAUGUUAGCGGCGAAUUGCACAAAAAUAGAUUCGGUUCUGGGGGACGUGGUCGGUGUAUUAAAGUUGGCGAAAAUUGGUACACACCCUCGGAAUUUGAAGCACUCUGUGGAAGAGGAAAUAGUAAAGACUGGAAAAGGAGUAUUAGGUAUGCUGGACGUACUCUGCAGUGCCUGAUAGAAGAAGGUAUACUCCAGCCACAUGCAACUUCUUGCACUUGUACAGCUUGUUGUGAUGAUACAACGAUGGUGAGUGGAGGUACUGUGAGUGGACCUAUCCGGUUAUUCACACCUUAUAAGAGGAGAAAACGUGAAGAUGGAUCAAUCAAACGUCUUCUAUCACAAGAAAGUGUUAAAUCUGGAGGAGAAACACCACCUGCUAAUGAAUCAAUGGUUGUUACUUUGGCUCCUACUUUGUCUGCCAGUGAAACUAUUCAAGUAGUUACUGCUACAGUUGAUGGAGCAGCAGAAUCAGUAAUUGUAACUCCUGUUAGCACUCCUCAGACACCUCGUUUAGCAUCCACCCAGUUGGAUUUCAGUGAACAAAGGCAAUGGUGGCAAUUGGAGGAGAUGGUAAAAAACUUAGUUCAUCAAGUUCAGGAAUUACAAAAGCAAGUAGAAGCAGUUAGAUCGCAGGGUGUUGCAGCUCGUGAAGCAUCACUACAACAACUCAGGAUUCAGAUGGAGAAAGAGAAGGCAGAGGCAAUUAACAAUUGUAGAAUAGAAGCACAAGUGAAUUUAUCAAAAGCAAUUCUAGAAGUUAAAAAUGAAAAGGAUGCUGCAUUGCAACAAUUACUAGAACAUGCAAAGGAAGAAAUAAAAGAAAAAUUAGAAGGAGUCGUAAUGGAGAGAAGCGAAACUGUUAAAAAAUGUGCCAACUGUAACCGUGAAGCUUUGUUCGAAUGUACGAGUUGUCAUCAAGUCACUUACUGUGGAACAUUCUGUCAGCAAAAAGAUUGGCCAAACCACGAGAAAGACUGUACAAAGUCCAAAGAAGAAAGUAUAGGGAAAAGUUGAUUGUUGCAUUGUUCCUUUCCUAAAGGCUAUUUUAUACAAAUUUUUAUAAAUGAAAAGAAAAUAUAUUCUUAUGUUUAUAAAUUUGGCUGACUUGCAGGCACAAUCUUCUGUCGAGAUCUAUUUUCAUUUUAUAAAAAUGCAAGUAAUGUUAACUCUACAUAUCCUUAAAGAUAUUAGAAGCAGUUUCUGAUAUAUUUAAUUAUAUCAUUUGAUCCUCUUGGAAAAAUUUUUAAUAUUUCUGCAGUAAUGUUUUUAAGAAAUUAAUUACUUUUCUAGCAUUACUAUAUUUAACAGCUGCAUAAUGUGAUUUAAGUAGCUAAGAACAGGAGAGAUUUAGUAAUGUAGACUAAUUACGAUAAUCUAUUUUACACUCUUAAAAAGUAAAAAGUUUGUCCUGUGGUCACAAUAUUUGGCUAAAAUUAAGGGUGCUGAUUUCUAUUCUUAUUUUUAUAACAUCAAGAAUGCUCUUGAAUUAUGUUUUUGGAAGCAAUGCAUACUUCUGCUGAGAAGCUCUGACUUUAUCUGCUAAAGACAGACUGUUUUUUCCUCUUCCUAAUACCUUUUUUAUUAAUAAAUUGAAAAAAAAAUUAAUGGACCAAUAAAACUCAUCAAGAUUUUUAGUUUUUUU